GGGGGGGGCUGACAUGCCCGAAGACAAGCUCCUCGUUAGGUUGGCCCAGGAGGGCAACCUCUCCCUCCUCAGAGAGGAGCUGGGCGAGGGCGCGGGAGCGAGGGAGAGGGUGGCGAACAGGCACUUCGGCAAGUCCGCAGACACUCUGCUCCACCACGCGGCCAGGCACGGCCACGCCGAGCUCCUGGGCUACCUGGUGGGGGAGCUGGGUAUGGACCCGGAGCUGCCCAACACCGACUACAAGAGGCCGCUGCAUGAGGCGGCCUCCAUGGGUCACCCCCGCUGCCUGCGCUACCUCCUCGCCACGGGAGCCAAGGUCGACUCGCUGAAGAAAGCUGACUGGACUCCGCUGAUGAUGGCUUGCGCCAGGAGGAACCUCGAGGUGAUCCGAGACCUGAUUGAAAGCGGAGCAAACCCAGGGCUGAAGAACAAGGACGGCUGGAACAGCUUCCACGUCGCCUGUCGGGAGGGCGAUCCCGCAAUCGUCCGUUACCUCCUGGAGGUCAGCCCGGGGGUCUGGGACACGCGGAGCAAGAUAAGCAGGACCCCCUUGCACACCGCUGCUCUGCACGGCUGCUUGGAAGUGGUGGAGAUACUCCUGAGAAGAUGCCAAUACGUGCCAGAUGCCCGAGAUAGCUGUGGAGUCACCCCAUUCAUGGACGCCAUGCAGAACGGACACAUCGACACUGCCAAACUCCUACUGGAGAAGCAUAAGGCCAACGUCGCAGUUGCUGACAAACUAGGAGCUCUGUCGUUGCACCGAGCUUCGGUCACAGCUCAGGAUGUCGCCCUGUGUUUCCUGGUCAGGGGGCAAGGCGUGGAUGUCAACCAGAGAGCCACGAGCAUGGAGCUCACAGCCGUGCACUACGCAGCCAAGGAGGGCCAUGCGGGGACCAUACAGACUCUGCUGGUGUUAGGAGCUGACGUGCACGCAAAGGAUGCCAAAGGCCGCUCUGCUCUGCACAUGGCCUGCGCAGGCCAGCACUCGGAGUGCGUCAGAGUGCUCACAGAGGCAGGGCUGGACGAUUCUCCUGAUAACAGCGGGACUCUGGCAAGCCAGCUGGUCAGGAAAGCUGAGGUCCUCAAAGCCCUGGAAAACAUAACCGCUUCCAGGUGGACGUCAAAUCUCUACGACAAAAGUUCUCGAAGGGCUGUGGUGCAGGCCGGAGUUUACAGAGCCAACGGAGUAAACGGGGAUGACGGAGGCUGCCAAAGCGGAGAGGGAAUCAGGGUGUUGUCAUUUGACAUUAAGGGGAGAAGCUUGCAGUGUGAGAGCACAAUACGUACAAUGUUGCAUUGGCAUUCACUCAAUGACUAUCUUAAUUUAAUCCACCCCCUCAAUAAUUGGCUCCAUUGGUGCACUGACUAAGCCAGCUGCAAUCACUGACCCACAUCAGAGAGAAAAAAAAACACGUGCGUGCCGUUAAAACCGUCGGAGAUGCUUGAAUGGAUGUGUCCAAACUUCUACUCGACACUCAGGAAAGACGUAACGGAAGGUAGAGAGAUAUAGGCCUGUACACCUUCUGUUUCCUGCGUAUC